AAAAAGGGAGAAACAAAACAGAGAAAGAGAACGAAGCGGCGCAGGGAACUGGUUGUGCCACGUUCACUCGUCUUUUUCCGUCCCUUCAUGUUCGUUCUUCAUUGUGUUAUUUCCUCGCGGCAAGAGACUCCGGAUUCUCUUCCUUUGCGUGUCGCGUGGAUGUCUUGCGACACGCACCCGACUUCCUUCUCUGCUGCGCCCCGGUCGUUCGUGUCGCCGGCGACCGCGUCGCUCUCUCCCUCGCGAUAUUUCCAUUCGCAAGUGCGUGGUGCGCACAAGUCGCGUGCGACACGCGUAUUAAAGAGACCGUAAGCGAGCGCGCAGGCGAGGCAUAAACAUCGAACGUAAACACUGAGACGUAUACAUGAGCUCGAACACAGAAGCACACAAACGACAUUCCAACAAGCCGAUUCUGAGAAUUCAAAACAACAAGCGUACGCCGCUUUCGAAUUUCAAGACGCGACACGCAUCACCAAAAUUGCGACAGUUUUGAUUGGUGAACGAGCGGUCAUGUGACUAGGUCGAAUUUGAUUGUUGUUUCAGAGUAGACCCGCGCCGCUCACGUCCGAUAUCUACGACAAAGCAUUACGUGGGUGAGUUCGAUAUCUAUUUGCGAUUAAGGAAUCGUUCGCACAAAGGAACGCUAAUCUCGAAAGAAAGUUUUGUCGGCCGAGAGUAAGAUCUCACUUGGAUAUUUCGAUCGGUGAAGCGAAGGCGCGCGUGCGAGUGACGCGUUCAAAUUCUCUCGCGGGUGCAUUCUCGUCGCGACAUCGGGGGACUUUGGAUUCUAUCAAGUCCAAUAAAUCAUACUCACGUGACGGUCGCCGGGAAUUGUGAAUUCGCGAAUUGUGAUCCGCGUAAUUCUCGCAUCGAUACGCAUCGGAGGAAGAGGGAAAAUCAGCCGGCGGCUGUCCGAUUCGUCUCGUUCGUGGUAAGCGCGAGACGAGACGAGCAGCGCGCGCGGGAGAAAAGGCGCGACGGCCAAUCGCCGCGCGGGAGGGACGGGUCACGUGACGCGCUUGAAUUUCGACGCCGCUCUCCCUUGACUUUGAACGACACGCCAUUCCGCGAGGGACUGCCGGGCCGUGAUCGCGCGCGCUUGUGUAUCUGUGUGUGUACACGUCGUGGCGGCCGUGAAAAGUGAAUCUCCCGCGUGUCUCGCGGUCGAGCGUGCCGGGGAGUACGGAGUCUCCUGUUCGAUUACGCGAUAGUGCUGUGUGCUCCUUUUUGUGGACAUGCCGCGGCUGAGAUCGCGCCGGACUUCUGCCAGCAUCGGUGGUGCGCCCUGAAGACCUCGCGGAUACCUACGGCGUCGGGCGAUGACGACAGGCUCUUCCGCCGCGACGUUCCAUGAGGUCCAAGAACGACGGAAUCGUGACCGAAGAUCGAUCGUCGAUCGUCGUUGCUCACUCGGCACGAUCGCCCGUAGCACUGGUCCGCUCGAUCUCUAGAUGAAUCACCGUGAUCUACCGUGGAUCCUACACGCAACGCGAGUCGCGCCGAACGAAUCAUGUACAAGAUACUGCGCCGCGGCUCCGGCCGCGUCUUCGUCAUCUGCAUCGUGGUGCUGUCGCUCCUGCUGUGCCUGUACUACGUCAGCCAGGUCCAGGGACCGUCGUCGGGUCAUCCCGCCGCCGCCGCCAUCCUGAACGAGGAGCUCAGAUACGACCGCAGCCUGACCUCCGUCACUCCGGAUUACAACGAGUCGCCGGAUGCCCAGGUGUCGCUCGCCACCUGUCCCAUAAUCGUGCCGCGAAACGCCGACAUCGACGCCCAGCAGGAGUUCGGAAAGUUCGACUUCCAGCCCUCAUGGAUGCGGAGUCGGGAAUACUGGGAUGACAGUUUCGAGGCACGUUUCGCGGAACUGCGGAAAGAUCCGACGAGACCACCCUUGAAGGUUAUCCUUGUGCCUCACAGUCACACCGAUCCGGGAUGGCUGAAGACGUUCGAGCAAUACUUCCACAGUUCCACGAGGAGCAUCCUAAAUAACAUGGUCUCGAAGCUACAGCAGUGGCCGAACAUGACCUUUAUCUGGAGCGAGGUUUCGUUUUUAUCGCUGUGGUGGGACAGUGCUCAUCCGACGAAGAAGAUGGUCGUAAAAAGAUUAGUCAAGGAUGGUCGACUGGAAAUGACCACCGGAGGCUGGGUUAUGACUGACGAAGCGACUUCUCAUAUUUACGCUAUGCUGGACCAGCUUAUUGAAGGUCACCAGUGGCUGAAAACGAAUCUCGACGUGGUUCCCGAGUCGGGCUGGUCCGUCGACCCAUUCGGCCAUGGCGGCACCAUACCCUACUUCCUCAGAGCUUCCGGCGCAUCCGGCACGGUGAUCCAGAGGAUACAUUACGCGUGGAAGCAGUGGUUCGCCAAGAAGCAAUACGGCGACUUCGUCUGGCGGCAGCCGUGGGAUCGCGACGGCACCGCCGACAUGCUCACCCACAAUCAGCCGUUCGACAUUUACAACAUCAAACACUCGUGCGGCCCACAUCCGCACGUCUGCCUCAACUUUGAUUUUCGCAAGAUACGUGGCGAGUACACCGAGUACUCGGUCCGCGCGGUCGAGAUCACGCCCAACAACGUCAAGCAGAUGGCCGAGCUGUUGUUGGAGCAAUACGCGAGAACCGGCUCCUUGUUCACUCACAACGUCGUGCUGAUGCCACUCGGCGAUGACUUUAGAUACGACCAUGCAAUCGAGUGGGAUCAGCAAUAUACUAACUAUAAAAUCUUGAUGGACUACAUAAACAGUCGUAAAGACGAGUAUAAUGCCGAGGUGGUGUUCGGCACGCCGAAAGAUUACUUCCGCGAGAUACAAAAACGCGUGAACAAAUUCCCGUCGCUGACCGGCGACUUCUUCGUGUAUUCAGAUAUCUUUAGCGAGGGUAGACCGGCCUACUGGAGUGGCUACUUUACUACCAGGCCCUACAUGAAGAUUCUGGAUCGUGAGCUCGAGGCGAAUCUCAGAUCCGCCGAAAUCCUCUACACGAUCGCGUUAAAUCUCGCCAAACAGUCCGGCAAGGAUAUAAAAGUUUACGAAACGUAUUUCGAGAAGCUGGUGAAGGCGAGGCGUAAUCUGGGUCUGUUCCAGCAUCACGACGCGAUUACCGGGACUUCAAAGUCCUUCGUCAUGAAGGAUUACGCGCUGAAACUCUUCGAGUCGAUCUCGGACACCACCGAUCUGCAGGGCUUCGCCAUUCAGUCGCUCGCGGCCACCGUCAACGGCAAAUCUAAUUCCGCUUACGUGUUGGCCGAGUCGGAUAGGGACAGCUAUGAAAAGCUGCCGAAGAAGAUACCGAUCGGCGUGAACGGCCACGAGACCAAGAAGAUCGUUCUGUUCAAUCCACUGGCGCAGCCCAGGCAGGAAGUGAUCAGCCUCAAGGUCACGUCGUACAAGAUCAGAGUCCUGGAUCCCCAGAAAAAUCCCAUUCCCUACCAGAUCGCGCCGGUGAUGAACGCCACGAGUAUCACACAUGACGUGUACGUGCUGCUUUUCGUGGCCGAAUUGAAGCCUCUGUCGAUCGCCACGUACCACCUGCGGCAGGUCGACAAGGUUCCGGCGGAGGCCAUCUCGACGGUGUACUGCAGCCGUUGCGGCAAGGACAAUGUCUUCCCUAUCAAGCCCAUGCAGGUGGGCGACGUGCAGCUCGAGAACCAGCGGAUGAAGUUGCUGUUCGACGGGCAAACGGGUUUUCUGAAGCGCGUGACGAAGAAGUCCACUGGCAGGAUCAUGCAGUGCGCCGUGCAGUUCGCCGCGUAUCCCUCGGCGCAGUUCCACAGCGGCGCCUAUCUCUUCAUGCCCGAUCCGAACCUUCGGGACACCGACAAGGACGUUCUGGAGGCGUACACGCCGCACCAGAAGAUCUACAUCGUCAGCGGUAACCUGAGCUCUCGCCUCACCGUCGAGUACGGCAAACUACUGACGCAUCACGUGGCCAUCUAUCAUCGCGACGGCGGCCUUGGCGAGGCCAUCUACGUGCGCAACAUCGUGGACUUUGAGACCCCACCGAAGAAUCGCGAGACGGAAAUGUUCAUGCGCCUGCAGACCGACAUCUCGAACGGCGACCCGCCCGAAUUCUAUACCGACUUGAACGGCCAUCAGAUGAUCAAGCGUACCAAGAUCGAGCGCAUCGGCAUCGAGGGUAAUUACUUCCCCAUCACGACCAUGGCUUACAUCGAGGACUCGAACCAUCGGUUGACGCUCUUGGUGAACCACUGUCAAGGUGCGGCCAGCUACCAGCCCGGAUGGUUGGAGGUGAUGCUGGACCGCAGGACUCUGUACGAUGAUUCGCGAGGCAUGGGCGAGGGUCUGUUGGACAAUCGGCGAACCGUCAUUAAACAUUGGUUGCUACUCGAGGAUAUCAGCGGUGAGAAAGACAGGUACUCGCGACCGUCGUUGUUCGCCAAUCACCUCAGCAACACCCUCAACUAUCCGGUGAACAUCUUCAUGGUGGACGGCAGCGAGCAGGAGGUCACGAUGGCGCCGGAAGUGCGACUGUUGAGUCAGAGCUUCCCGUGCGACCUCCAUCUGCUCAAUCUGCGUACCAAUCACGAUCAGAAACUGCCGCACUUCCCGGUGAACAGCGCGCUCAUGGUGCUCUUCCGCCAGGGCUACAGCUGUUCCGUGGGCGUUGACGUGGCGAUGAAACACUGCCCACUCACGGAGAGACUCCCGCAGGGAAUCGCGUUCUACAAACUCGACAACGUCAACGUUACAAAGACGUCGUUGACCGGCACGAAGUCGGGCGUCCGGCUGAAAGACGGUCUCCAGGAGAUCGGUCUGCAACCGAUGCAGGUCGAGACGUAUAAUGUAAACUUCGUGCAAUGAUCCUAAGCCCUGAGCCGAUCGAUUUUUUUAGUGUUGAUCGGUUGUUAGCGAAAUUUCAAGAAUAUAUUACAGGCGUCUUGCUCCUUCCGAAUGACACUGCCGUAUGUUAAUCGUAUUGAAUACUACCUCUUUAACUCUCUAUGUAACGUACGACGUUGUUGACGGUGAAGAACGGAGCUUUGUGGAAGCGCGAUUACGAAAGCGAAGGUAAUUAAUUUCUCGCGGGAUAGUAUGGGAUGAAAAAAGUGACAAAUAACAUUGACCAAUAUCUGGGACGAUUAAAGUAAACAGUUGACUACGGUUUAAUUAAAAUAAAUUUUUUUUCCCGAUGGAAAACAUUUUAAAGAAU